AUGGCGAUUCAACCCGUCCAGCCAGAACAACUUGCCAUUCCCAUCAUUGACCUUGAGCCAGUGCGGAAAGGCACGCCCGAAGAGGCGCGGGAGACUGGAAAGAAAGUCUACGAGGCUUUCCGAGAUGUAGGCUUCGCAUACAUCAAGAACCAUGGCUUGCCUCAAGAACUACAAGACCAAGCAUUUGAAUGGAGUUCGAAAUUCUUCUCCCUCCCGCAAUCCGACAAAGACAAAGCCCCGCACCCACCAUAUGGCUGGUGGCACCGCGGCUACUCGGGCGUGGGCCGCGAAAAGGUGGUGCAGAUGGUCUUCGACCCAGCGUCGAUCGAGAAACUGCGGCAGUGCCCGGACUUCAAAGAAUCGUUCGAGCUGGGCCGCGAAGACGACGAGCGCACGCCCAACAUCUGGUUCCCGGAAGAAGUGCUCCCGGGGUUCCGCGAGUUCAUGACCUCGUACUUCAACACGUGCUACGGCGUCGAGCUGGACCUGCUGCGCGCCAUCGCGCUCGGCAUGGGUCUGCCCGAGCACUUCUUCCAGGAAUACCACACCAAAAAGGACAACCAGCUGCGUCUGCUGCAUUACCCGCCCGUCGAGGCCGAACUGCUGCGCGACGGCUGCAUGGAGCGCAUCGCCGCCCACUCCGACUUCGGCACCAUGACGCUCCUGCUCCAGGACGAGGUGGGAGGCCUGGAGGUCGAGGAUAUCCAUGAAAAGGGGAAGUUCAACCCGGCGCCCUAUAUCCCCGGCACGCUGGUCGUCAAUAUCGGCGAUUUCUUGCAGAGGUGGAGCAACGAUACUUUGAAGUCCACGCUGCAUCGCGUGCGCGCCCCGCCCUUGGUCAAGGGCAUCACCAAGGCCAGAUAUUCCAUUCCUUAUUUCGUCACUGCCGAUCGCGACAAGACUAUUGAUUGCAUCCCGGGCUGUUAUAGCGAGGACAAACCCAAGAAGUAUGAGCCCAUCAAUGCGAGGGCGUAUAUCGAGAUGAGGUUGAAUGCCACUUAUUAG